AUGUCUCUGUCAUCAACAGGUCGUGUGCCGGGGCGUUACUUGCUGCUGUCCCUGCUCUUCGUUGGCAACACUAUCCUCUCAACACACAAAUUCGACCUGGGCAUUGCAAUUUUGGCCAUGACAAAGCAGGUGCCAGCAACAGACGAAGUUGACGUCCUUGUACCCAGUGAUUCCUGGUUCCAGCGUGACAAUCACACAGUAGUGGGACAGUUCAACAACGUCUCUGGCUCUGCUGCGACGAACACCAGUGAGGUAACUGAAGACAAUGCCCUCAUCACAACCACACCUGCAGUGUCCUUAGAGGAGGAAACAGGAGCACCUUCAUUCUCUUGGUCACCUUCAGUGCAGGGUGUCAUCCUGGGUGCAUACUUCUACGGGGUAAUCAUGCCCCAGGUUCUUGGCGGUCGACUGGCGGAGCGCUUCAGUGCCAAGUGGACCCUGCUGGCAGGGCUGCUUACUUCAUCAGCACUGACAUCAGCAACACCGUGGAUAGCCACGCUGGGCGUUGCGCCCCUGGUUGCACACCGGAUAAUCCUGGGAUUCGUGCAUGGCCUGAGUAUGCCAUCAUCAGUUGCCCUGGUGGCACGCUGGGCCCCCCGACGUGAGCGGUCGACUUUUGUGGCGCUGGUGUUCUGUGGCCGGUACAUGGGCAUUGUGGUGGCCACUCUGCUUUUUGGUCACCUGUCCUCCAUGUCGGUGGCCGGAGGGUGGCCCUUUGCGUUCUACAUGUCUGGCCUACUGGGCUUCCUGUGGCUAGCACUGUGGUACUUCCUAGCUUUCGACGAUCCUGCCCACGACCCAAAGGUGUCCGCCACAGAGCUUCGCAAGAUACAGGCAUCGGAUGGAGCCGGUCCACUCAAGGCCUGUGCCACGAAACAGGCACUGCCUUGGCGUGCAGUGUUCACGUCAGCACCUGUGUGGGCCCUCGUGGCAGCCCGGUUCUCCAACCUGUGGGUCUCCAUGCUGCUGUUCACCAAGCUGCCAGCAUACGUGGAAGGUGUCCUGGGGAUGUCCCUGAGUCAGAAUGCCAACUUCAGUGCUCUCGUGUUUGCCUUCACCAUCGUGUCAAUGCUGGGUUCGGGCAUGCUUGCAGACUGCCUGCUUCGUUGCGGCCUGCAGACCACUCUUGUCCGGAAAGCCUUUCAGCUCACUGCCAACUUUGGCGCCACACUGUGCCUUCUGUGCCUGACCGUGUCUGGAACAAACCGGUCACUUGUGGUGUUUCUGCUGGUCAUUGGCAAGGUCACACUGGGUGCUUUCACAGCAGGCAAUGCAGCUGCAGUGGUUGAUAUGGCUCCCAUGUACUCGGCUACCCUUAACGGGAUGAUCACGACAUUCGGACAGACCACAGGAGUACUAGCUCCUUUGGUUGCUGGUCUGCUGUCAUCCUCCGCGAAAGGUGAUAAGGCGACGCAGUGGACACACAUCUUCUACCUCGCAGCCGCCGUGAGUUUCGUGGGCGGUGUUGUGUUUGCCAUUUAUGGCUCAGCCGAGCGGCAGCCUUGGGCUGACCCGGCCGGUGUUGCUGCCAGCAAGCGACAGCAAUCGGCUCCGCUGUCGAACUGUGGUGAUGCAGUGGCAUCUGCCGAGGAAGGCGCCAUCGCAGCGAGUACGGCACUUCUCGGUACACCGGCAUCGCCGGAUGCAGUGGAUUUGUCAACUGCCAAGAAGCUGUGACACUAGUCAGGAUCUCGCAGACUGCUUUGGUGUCGACAUUUCACCGAGACUGAUGCCUGAUGGCAGUGGAUGUGAGCGACACUCAACAACCCGGUGUGAAGACGUGGCACUCGCAAUUUCCAUUCGUGUUUGAAACGUAAUGUUGGUCGAAAGCAGUUGGCUUAGCCCGGUGAUGUGUUGGACUGUCAGCUUAAUGUGCUCUAGACAGCACGAGCCUUAUGCAAGAUUGUGCUAUGUCACGCAAGCUCUACACUUAAUUGAUCAACAUCAAGCACUUGCAUUUGUUCGAUUGAUUUGGAGCACCGUGACCUGAGUCACUUGACAGUGUGUGUCAAGUGACCGUGCCUGCCAGCCCUUACCUUUGAGGUGAGAGUGGGUUCGAGAUCGGGCAGAAUUAACAGUCACACGGCGGGUUCUGCAUUGCUGUGAACUGCAUUGUUGUCUGGCAAGAACCAGUCAAAUGCAUCACGAGACACUGUGCUGUGAGUGCAACUUUUUAUGUCGAGCGGUGUCUUUUUUGUGCACCGUUCUUAGAAUCAUCAAUCCGUUUGGGCUUUCACCGUUGAAUUGAAAGUGAGUGCAACAACUGUCACAAAGUGCCUUGUGUUCACAUUUUUCUGGAAUCCUGUUUGUGAAAGCUGAGGUGUUGCACAGGUUUAGUCACCGCAUACACAUUCUAUAGGACUUCGCAUGUUGCUACUGCUGCAUUUUAACUGGUUGCCAAGACAAAGAACUGGAUGCUGCAGUAUGUGUCAAAUACUUAUGUGGCGAAAUGGUUAGCGAUUCCGGAAAAAACAAAAUCAUUUUUGCUCACCUAGGACAUUCAGACUUGAGUUUUAUACUUAGCCACUAACAUGGUAAGCAGCUUAAAGCCGAACUUGACGUUUCUCGGUGAAGUGAUAUUGGAGUGCUUUAAAAGCAGCUUCUGAAUGACUUGUAAACAUCAGAGACAUACUGUCUGAUUUGUUUAGAUUCUGGGUGUAUGUAGUGGUAAAAUAUGAUCUUGCUCAGCCAUUUCUAAGAAAGCAAUUCAGAGUUUGUAUGUUGUGACAUUGCCUUUUAUUUUUCAUUUCUUUCUCAUUAUGUGUUGUGCCAAGCGCCUAGUCCCAGUGAUAAUGGCACAGUAAUUGUCCAAAGUCAUGGUGAAGGGCAAAAAGAAGGAAAACUGAGAUGGAAAACUAGAAAAUACUAUUGCUGGUGGAAAUUCAGGACAUAGUAUCUUAGGAGCCACUGAUGACAUUAAGUGGCUUUGUCUACUGACAAGAGAAACACAGUCAUUGGUGUGAAGGGUAUAACAAGGCAUUUGUUAUGGGCUCGCCAUUGGUCAUGCAAGUGCUUCAUGACAACAGUAGGCUUUGCUAGUAGUACUACUAAUUCCAAGAAAUUUCCUUUGAUGGCUACCUCAGUGAUGGAACAGUCUAGUACAGAAAAGGUCCUCUUCUGGCAAAAGUCUCUUUUCUGGAUAUAUGUGUUGAUCUUGUAAAUGAGCACAACAUUUUGCUGAAUUGCUAAAUUGGUUUUACAUAAUUACUGGCCUAACUUAGCAUGACAAAUGAGCAAAAAGAAAAGCAGUUCAGCAAACACAAUUACUUGCAUGUGUUUGGCUCACAUUCAUCCUUUUUCUGUUUCUUAUCCUGCUGCCUAAUUAACUUCAGCAACUGAUACAUAUGUAAAAUUGUUGAUGUUAUUGCAAAUUAUUGGUACUUGAGAAGCAGUCAAGCACUUUGUGUGCCUUUAUGUCAUCUGUGGGGUGUGGUCAUUCCUCCAUACACAUGUCUGUUCCUAUUAUCAAAUGCUGUUAUCAGCUUUACAUUGUGAGUAGCUACUGCUAUCGGAGGCAGCAUUUCUAUUUGAGCCGGGACUUGUGUAAAUCAGAAGUGUGCUUUGUAAUAUGUUGUGCUUAUAAUUAUUUUUUUAUUUCUGCUUCUUGGACUAUUUCCUUUGCAUACUAUUCUUUGUCAUUCACAUACUGACACACAGUAUAUAUACAUAUACCGAUAAAUAUAUGCCGACUUAUUAGCCAAAAGGCUGGCAGCCGUACACAUUGCCUUGCAUACCCUAGCGGGCAGAACUAAGCCUUACAAGUCAAACAGAGUUAUGCAUUUUACUCAUCUUUUUUUGCAUUCAUCAUCUUUCAACAUUUUUUAUUACUUUACGCUACCUUACUCCACUGACUUCAAACAAUCAUGUUGCAUAAUGUAUACUUGCACGAGCAUUUUGUACAAGUCAUUAUGCAGCUCGCAUUUUAGAAAUAUUAUUGAGCACACUAAGAUAUAAGAUACCUGAAAAUCCUUUUCAGAAUUGGUACUGUAUUUUGUGCCACUGUUUUUAGAAAGCAAGAAACAAGCAUUUAGGUCUAUAUUCUAGUCUGUGCAAUUUCGCUAGCCAUCCAGAAUUUCUGUAAACCUUUUUUCUGCGAUAUUGAAAAUUUGGUGUUUGUGAUGUCCCAGUAACUGAGUGCCUUAAGAAAGUUGAUCAGCGAUUUGUAACACUUGAAGUAAGUCAUGCUCUUUUAAAGGUCCUUUUCGAGUCAUCGUGCGGUGACCCAAGGCACCCACCACAUGAAAACAUUUUACACUGCAACUUGUGCUGAGCAGCUAAGUUCUUUGAAUUGCCUAAUUAAGCAAUUAAGCAGGACACAAGAAUUAGUAGUCUUACUCCAUGCUGUAGUCAACAACAUGCAUUUGGUUGCAUCGUCAUAUAAUGCAUCAGCAUAUUUUAAAACUCUGGCUAGAGUUAGCUGGGGCAACCUGUAUAUGCGAGCGUCAAAGUGGGUUAUAGGACAGUUGUCGUGGACCUUGUAGAGGUACUGGCAAAUCCAAGAACCUUCCACUGCACUCACGUGAUAAGUUUGGCCAAUUCCCCCAAAUAGCUGUUCUAAUUCGAUAUUAGUUAGCUUGGCUUUUUUUCAUUGUCUUAUUACAAAUGCACCAGAAACUAGGGACUAGCAAGGUCCUCAACAUUUUCUUCCAAAGCUGUCUAGAAUACAAAAUUUUCUAACAUCACACCACCAUACAAACAUUGCAAGCUUAAAUGUGAGAUUCAGAAAAGUGAAGUUUGGCCUUCAUUUUCUUUGUUAGCAAUUAGCAGUUUCUUAUCAAAUAAACUUUCGAGAAGCGUUCCCAUUCCCACUAAGCAGAUAAAGUAACCUUCCUUAGUGUCUCUUUAAUCACUUGAUUACAGAUAAUCCUCUUAAAUGUGAUACGCAAGGCACACAACUGAGACUAAAAAUGUUUCUACUGCCAAGUGCUGUGCCAAAGCUGGUCGUCUACGUGCCUUUGAAGUUAUCAUUGCACUAUUUUUACCAGAUAAAAGUCUCGUUUCAGAUUGUGAGGUACGAUGAGCUGCCAUGCGAAAUCCUAUGUUUUUAAAUAGUACUAGCGGAAGUAUUGCGGAAAGCUCUCAAAAAUAGCCAUUUUUGAUACCGAAACUAAAAGAAGAAGAAAUGCUGCCAUUACCACUUUCUGGAUAGGCCGCACGCUAAGGGUACAAAUCAGAAAGCGCAGCUUCUUGGCAUGACUUCCAGGAUAAGGCAGCAUUGACACCUCAUAGGUGGCAUGCCCAGACCUACAUUGUAACAAGAACCACUCUGCACACGUUGUCUACUAGGGUGCUGUUUAAAGCCUGCUAACAACAAAACUCUACCAUUACCAGCCCUGUGGACUUGCUAAGAUUGCUUCUGUUGUAUAAACUGCUCGCUCAUAAUGAAUUUAGGCAAAGUUUCUUUGCCGUUGGCGUUUCAAGAACAUUUUCACGUGGCCUGGAUCUUUAUUCUCGUCAUAGCCUUUUGGUUUUAGUGGGCUUGUUUUUUAUCAUGGCAAGCAAGGUCCCACUGCACAUAAGACUUAGCAUCUCUAAUUAAAUAUGUGGUUUUGUUAUCUGAACAUGUCAUGCUCUUGCUUUCUUUUGUGUUUCGAAUGGUAAUCAGUUUGUCACUGUUUCUUCUGUUUGCUUGUGUACUUUUCUGUAUGUCUUGUAUGCAUAUUUAUUUCGUUGCAAAUUUGUACAAUUUACUGUGACUGCUUUGCUGCAGUUGUUGUAUGGUGUUAUUGACUUACAGGGUCUGUCUCAAAGGUUCCCGGAAUUUUUUUUUUUUUAUAUAGUCUGCGACACCACCUGUGGGGGGUGGGGCUUUGGGCAGAGAAGUUGGUGGGGGAUUUAAGCUUCGAAACAAGACUGGUCUCGGUCGCCUGUGGGCAGUUGUUGAGGCAGGUCACACUCCGCGCUGAGGUAUCUACUGCACCCCCAUCGAGAAAAACAAUGGACCAGUUUUUGGUGCAGCGUUAUGCAAUCAAGUUUUGUGUGAAUCUGCGUUAAAACAGGGCGGAGGCGAUCGAAACACCUCAGGAAGCCUACGGUGAUGACGCGAGGAAACAAAGCCAAACUUUCGUGUGGCACGAGAGGUUCCGGGAAGGUUGGAAGUUUGUCAAUGACAGCGACCAUUCGAGACGCCCAUCAACAACACAAAUGGACAACUCGGUGCAAAAAGUGUGUAAAGUUCUGGACAAGGAUGGGCGAUUAAGUAUUCGCUGGAUUGCAGGAGAGUGUGGAAUACCCAAAACAAUCGUUCAUCGCGUUUUAACGGAGGAUCUUCCAGUGACGAAAGUCUGCGUAAAAAUGGUGCCAGAAGUCGUGACAGGCAAGAUGAUGGAAGAGUGUGUGUUGGAGUGUGAGGAAUUGCAUGAAUGCUAUGAAAUGGACCCAGAACUUUUUGGACAAAGUGAUCACAUGGGACAAGACGUAGACAUUUUAGUACAAUCCCUAAUCAAAGCGUCAGAGCAGCGAGUGGCACACCACAGAGUCUCCUCGCCCGAAAGAACAAGCAAGGAUGAGCGAAUCGUGAAUCAAGGCAGUGCUCAUUGGGUUUUUUGACAUAAAAAGUACGAUUCACAGUGAAUUUGUGCUACAGGGGAAUACAUUCAACAAAGAGUUUUGAUGUGAAGUGCUGAAACGGUCAUGCAACAGAGUGCGACACGUCCAAAAGGAAUUCGCUUCAAUUGGAUCUUGCACCAUGACAAUGCACCAAGCCACACCGCACUCACUGGCUCCGAGUUGCUGGCCAAAAUAAGUGUGGCAACGCUGCCCCAGCCACCAUGCAGCCCCGAUUUUGCACCACCGGUGUUCUUUUUGUUCCCAAGGAUCAAAAGAACCCUGAAAGGAGCUCUGCAUGGGACGCCGAAGAAGCAGCUGUGGAAUGCGGUUCCUAUUGACAGCUUCCAGGGCGCCUUCAAUGAUUGGGUGAAGUGUUUGCAGUGGUGCAUCGAAGCAGGGGGAGAAUACUUUGGAAAGCUCUAAAAAGAUUGUAAACUGAUAUUGAAUUAAUGAUUUAUAAAAAAAAUUGUGGGAACUUUUGGGACAGACCCUGUAUCGAUAAAGAGUUGCUUGGGGCCACACCUGUGGUUCCUACAAAACAGACAAAAUGGCUAGUCUUUGAUCUGAGAUAAGGUUUUGAUCAGUCACUAAUUCACUCAGCGCCACAUAUGUAACAAUAGGUUCAGUACGCUUUCUCAGGAACAUGCAGUUUUGUUUCUCCUUGGAUUCCGGUGAAAUACCUCUAGUCAAGGUCUUGUUUGUGCAAUUGCAUGAUGAUGUAGCACACCUUGUCUUGCUGCAAACUACCCGCUUGCAAUUUUGUAUUUUCUUUCCAUCCAAGUGGUCUGCACAUCUGUCCAUGCCUUCUCCUUAUUUCCAACAGUGUGGACAGAUGUUUGGGUGUCAGUCGCACGGUAUGCAGUGGAAGUGUACACAUAUUCUUUUUCUCUAUCAAUCAGUCCCUCCCUCUUAAAGCACUCUAAUUAGUCAUUGGUGCAAUGUGUAUGGCGUACGACCUGUUUCAAUUUUUAAGCUUAUAUAAAUAAAGGAGGUGUGCCAAGCCGA